GCACGCAGUGCGGCAAGGGCUUCUCGCAGUACUACAACCUGGAGAGGCACGUGCUGAUCCACACGGGCGAGAGGCCACACGUCUGCACGCAGUGCGGCAAGGGCUUCUCGCAGAUCGACACCCUCAAGAGGCACGCGAGGAUGCACGCCGGCGAGCAGAAGCCUUGAGACGAGGGUAGGGAGAUGGAGCCGUUGUGCGAGGCGUGCCGGAGGGACCUUGGCAGGUGGUUCGUGUCGGGUCAAGCAAAACCCACGGGACUGUCCCCACGGUGCUGCCUGCGGUGCGGGAAGACGCUUACAGGCGUCGCGUCACGCGACAACAACAACAAUCCACGGAUGAGGACACUGGCACCGAAGGAGCCGUGCGUCGUUCGAUCGGAAUCCGCGAAGGCUUCCAGGCCCGCACGCAGGCGGGUGGUUCGCGGCGAACGGCAGAGGCGGCACGUGUGCGGCGAGUGCGGCAAGGGCUUCCCGUACCGCUGCCUGCUGAGGACGCACUCGGGGAUCCACACAGGCGAGUGGCCGUACGUGUGCGGCGAGUGCGGCAAGGGCUUCCCGCAGCGCUCCCACCUGGAGACGCACGCGCGCAUCCACACCGGCGAGAGGCCGCACGCCUGCGCCGAGUGCGGCAAGGGCUUCAGGCAGCGCUCGGACCUGAAGAUCCACCUGGUGACGCACACGGGCGAGCGGCCGCACGUCUGCGGAGUCUGCGGCAAGGCCUUCUCCCAGCGCUCCAACCUCAGGAUCCACGCGGCCACGCACACGGACGAGAGGCCGCACGUGUGCGCCGAGUGCGGCAAGGGCUUCUCGCAGCGCUACAACCUGGAGAGGCACGUGCUGAUCCAUACGGGCGAGAGGCCGCACGUCUGCAUGCAGUGCGGCAAAGACUUCUCGCAGAUCGACACCCUCAAGAGGCACGCGAGGACGCACGCCGGCGAGCAGAAGCCUUGAGGUCGAAGGGAUUUGUUCUUGGUCAGAAAGUGGGGAGGGAUUUGCCGAUCGGAUGAGCAUUAAUACGGCAGGGAGGCUUCGUGACUCAGAGGUGAGACGGCGCGGAUCCUGGGUUCGAAUCUAGGUCGCUGUUGCUUGUUGGGUAAACCGAGUUCUCGAGUGUGGUGAGCUAAUGGUCUCAUCUCGGUCACCAGUGACUUGCACAGACAAAUAGACUCACCCAAAGGUCCAUAGACCUCACACAGAGAUGCACCAGAGACUUAUAGGCCGAAACAGACUGAGCUGUGGUUUAACCGAGUGUCGAAAGUGCAUUGAGACGAUCAUCUCAGCCCGGUCACCGAUGACUCCAGCAAAAACAAAUCCCUGAGCGUAUUCAAUUUUGUUCUGCGCUGACUUUGGCCAAAUCGCGGCUCUGGGAAUAAAAACAAAAAUCGAAUCUUUGCACUUACACGACAUGGCUUACAAUUCUAAGCACCUCACAUCGCACCUCAGUCUCAAACAUUCCCAGGGCACCCCCAGUGGCAGGAAACACGGUGUACAACAGCAACGGUCUGCAGGUGUCUUUUGUACAGGUAACAAGCUAAGAUUAGGAGCACUCCCUUUAAGAGUGUGCUCCUAAUCUCAGCUCGUUACCUGUAUAAAAGACACCUGGGAGCAAGAAAUAUUUCUGAUUGAGAGGGGGUCAAAUACUUUUUUCCCUCAUUAAAAUGCAAAUCAAUUUAUAACAUUUUUGACAUGCGUUUUUCUGGAUUUUUUUGCUGGUAUUAUGUCUCUCACUGUUCAAAUUAACCUACCAUUAAAAUUAUAGACUGAUAAUUUCUUCGUCAGUGGGCAAACGUACAAAAUCAGCAGAGGAUCAAAUACGUUUUUCCCUCACUGUAGAAGUGUGUGUGUAAUGUGUUCGUCUUGUAUGUUUAUUCGCAUCUGUCAGUCAUCUCGGAAAGUCAACCCGUGGCACCUGGGCCUCUAAACUCCUGCCAGCAGCGACAGCCUUUGUCACUCCACGCGAAUGCCCCAAAGUGGACCUAGCCUGGCACAUCGGUGAACCCGUGGCACCCGUCGGCAGCGAGAGCGUUCCACGCUUCGCCCCGGCCUGACGCAAGCGCCGCCGCUUGAGUGGCGGACGGCGGCUGCCGCCGUGGUUAUAGCCGGUGACGAUUACCUGAACCGGUACCUGGGGCCUCGCCUGAGUCGACUUGUUCUCAAAUGAGUUAUUUGGUGCUGUGAUGAGUAGUGAACAUCGCCACUGGGGGAGACAAAGGCGGCCGGGCGUGGUGCUGGCCUCCCAGCACCACGCCCCAAGGCUACACGGGGGGACCUUCAUCUUUAUUCCGCACAUUCGGGACGCUGCCUUCGGAACGAGACCCUUCACAGCUACGCUGGAUCGAGCCGAUCGACGUUCAGCCCCCGUGCCAAUGCCGCACCCAACAAAGGGGGGCGGCACCUGCCGCCGGGGCCGACGGGCAGCGGAGCCCGUCUGCUCGAGGCUACACGGGGGAGGGGGGGGG